UUUAACAUUUUUUCCAUGUUCCUGGUAUCUUACCUUAUAUGGCAUUUUUCUCUGGGGCGUCAGUUCUGGCGCAUCCUGUAUAUUUAAAAGCAGGUGGUACUUCCCAAAUAAUUAUGUAAAUCGCAAAGAAUGACGUUCUCAAUUAAAUGUAGAGUUACGCAGGUCAGUAACCAUAAACAACAAAAUACUCCUCAUAUGCGCUAUGUUAUCCUUGACUGAUUUGCGGUGUGUGCUGGUAAUUCGAGAAGUGGAUUUUCCUGUCUUUCAUAUACAUACUAUAAAACCAAGAUCGUGGAAGCACAUUUCCUAGCAUGUAACUGAGUGAAGCUGUUGUAAAUAAUUUGUUUAUAAUGUUUCUAAAGUUCUUCGCAGUGUUACUGUUUGCAUUACACAUAAAUCCUCUAAAUGGCGGAAUUAUUCCAAACUCUGACAUUGCGAAAAGUAAUUUAUUACCAGAUCCUUCAGCCUGUGGAGUUUUUGUGGAAGAAAAAAUUUUUGGUGGAAAUAGAACUGAAUUAGAUGAAUUUCCUUGGGCAGUAUUACUCGAAUAUUAUAGGUCUGGUAAAAAGGAAUUUGACUGUGGAGGUUUUCUUAUCAAUAAUAGAUAUGUAGUCACAGCCGCACAUUGUAUUGAUGACGAAUUAAAAAGUGUUCGUCUAGGCGAAUGGGAUUUGAAUACUAAUCCUGACUGUUCUGCUGUUGAUAAUUGUGCACCACCUGUUGUUGAUAUUCCCGUAGAAGAGAAACUCACUUACAAGGAUAAUAAUUCAGAUGUAACUUCUCGCCACGACAUUGCUCUUAUAAGAUUAAAACACGAAGUUGUGUAUUCAGACUUUAUUAAACCAAUUUGCCUUCCAAAUACCAUUGACGAAAUUACCAAGUCUUACGUUGGCCAAAAACUUAUCGUGACUGGUUGGGGAAAAACUGAAACAAGUAAAAAUAGUAACAUCAAACUCAAAGUCAAAGUUCCCGUUAAAAAAUUAUCUGAAUGUGAACUUGGAUUUAAAAAUGCAUAUAACAUUGACAUAAGUUUAAAUGAAUAUGAAAUAUGUGCGGGAGGAGAAAAAGGAAAAGAUUCAUGCUUCGGUGAUAGUGGAGGGCCUUUAAUGACACUAAGAAGAGAUAAAAGCAACGACCCAAGAUAUGUUGCUGUUGGCGUAGUAUCUAAUGGACCAGCCAAAUGUGGUUCAGAAAAUCAACCGGCAGUUUAUGUCAGAGUUGUUAAAUAUGUUUCUUGGAUUAUUAAUAAUUUAAAACCUUAAAACUAAGUUGUAUUUGUAAAAGAUACUAAAGCCAUUAAAAGUCUGCAGCUUUUAUUUAAAUAAAUAUAUAUUUUUUUAUAAUC